GUGUGAUAAAUGUCUUGUAUGGGACUUCCACCUUUGUGUUCCAUGUAACAAAAAAAGAAAACCAUCAACACAAAAUGGAAAAAUUGGGACUUGGCAUCAAUGAUAACUCAGGUGCAGACAAACAGGAAAACCCUUCAGAAUAUUAUCGCAAAUGCAUCCAGAGGUGUAUUCAGAUGUUGGAGCAUACUUACCAGUGCAGAGGCGCAAAUUGCCAUCUGCAUUCCUGUGCAAAGAUGAAGCGUGUGCUUGCUCAUACAAAGAGUUGCAGGCGCAAAGCAAAUGGUGGAUGCCCCAUCUGCAAACAGCUGAUAGCCCUUUGCUGCUAUCACGCCAAGCGCUGCACAGAGUAUAAAUGCAUGGUCCCCUUCUGUCAACAACUAAAACACAAGUUGCGCCAGCCGGAACUUCAACAGUGUUUGCACCAGGCCCAGAUGCUGCGCCGUCGCAUGGCUGUCAUGACCUCGCCGGAUGUUACUUCAAGCAACAUAGUCAGCAAUGGCAUUGGGGGAGGAGAGGCUGAUGCUACCUCACAGCCCUCACCACAGUGAUCUGCACUACACAACAAUCAAUAAGUGUGGUAGGUAAGGUGACACCAGUCCUGCGUUCCACAAAGCGGGCGCCCACCAUGGGUGCUCACUCUCGCCUGUAAGACCGUGUGAAACCCUUCGUUCACUGUUGGCUCCUUUGAAAUGGCAGCUGCUAGCGAAGUAAAGAAUCUAAUUUUGUUGAUGGACAUAUUUGACAGCGACGACAAAGUAAGGGAAGCAAUCUAUUGCAACGCCAAACAAUAUACUUCGAGUGGCAUUCAUUUGUGAACAAGAGGAAAAUAGUCCAUGAGAAUUAAAGAUUAUGUAAAAGAACAGUGCGGUAGUCUGCUAUUUCCUGCAUGACCAUAGGAAAAUUAGAGGAAUGCAAAAACAAAAUAAAAUUCAAUGUUGGCCUUUUGCCGAGGAAAGUCUGUUUAACCAAUGGAGAGACAUGGAUUUUUUUAGAAAAGGUCUGCGACGAUUGUGAUAGGUUAUUAUCUGUGAAAAUAUGAGGUGCCGAACACGUUAAAUAUAGUUUAUUUUCAAUUUUUUCGUUAUUCUUACCAUGUCUCUUUUUUGUCCUUUGAAUGUCUUCCUUUUUUUGUAUUUUUAUUUUCUGUUGUUUUUAGGUAGUUUGAAAAGGCUUUUUUUUUUUAAUUUCUGAUGAACUAUGUAAUCACAUUAAAGACAUUCGAGCAGCUUGUGCUGUAAAAGCUCAAGCAGCAUAGUGUCACAUAAAAUUAGGGACUUUGUAAUCAGAUGCAGCAUGCUCUAUAAAUGAAGAUUGUUGGUGGUGAUGCUCUUUAAAGGUUGUGAAGUUCAUCUGAGUAUUAUUAUCUGAGAAAUCCUGCUCUUGCAUAAACAGAAAAAGUUUGCAUGGGUAUGUAUAUUAAGUGUAAAGAAAACACACACAUAUAUCUAUAUUAAGUAUAUAUUUUUUAAAGAAACAUGAGAGUAUAAAGUGUUCAGUAACAUUGCCUUCAUACUUUACUACUAGAAUACUGCCUAAUGCACUUUCAAUGAACUAUUUUUU